GUUUUUUUGGCGUAGCAUUUAUAAACUGCCGGAGAGAUAUCAGCACCAGUUUUUGACAAAUAUAUUGAAAAGUUUUUCCUACCAACUUUGCCGUAGACAGCCCUAAGCUUGGCUGAAAAAGGACGAUUGGUGCGGUCCCGCACCGUAAAAACACAAGAGAAGAAAAGCCCAACACCUGUGCUUUCUGCGAGGAUAGGCACAAUCAGGAGGCAGCCUCUCCAUCAUGCUAGGAUGUUGCAAUGCUAACUAGAUGAUCUAAUCCCCUCCACAUCCGAGAUUCUUUUGAUUAAACAUAAAAAGAAAAAAGGAUAAGGAAAAAAAUAAAGAAAAUUCCACACUGCAAGGUGGAAGAGGAUCGACUAAGUAAAGUUUUUCCUACCAAUUUAUAGACAUUAGAGCUUCCAAUUGUUUAAAGAAAUCAACAUGGCACAGAAGAAGAAAGUCCUCAUGGUUUGCCUAGGAAACAGCUGCCGUUCUCCUAUGGCAGAAGCGGUGUUUCAAGACGAAAUGCGAAAAAUGGAUUUGUCCGAUUUCUGGGAAGUCGACAGUGCCGCUAUUUUGUCAUAUCACGUAGGCAAUGGUCCUGAGCCUAGAGCGGUGUCUACUCUCUUGAAGGCCGGGAUUACAAAUUACUCUCACGUCGCGAGACAAAUUACAGCAAGCGAUUUCUACAAAUUCGAUUGGAUAUUCGGAAUGGACGAAUAUAUUAUUCAGAGGCUGUAUCAAAUGCAACAGAAAAACAGCCAAGCGACGAUUGAACUACUUGGGAAAUAUGAUCCAGCUGGAGUAGUCAACAUAAGAGAUCCUCUCUUUGAUGAUGAUAGUGCGGGAUUCGAGAGAGCAUUUCAACAGGCUCUAAGAAGCGUGCGCACGUUUCUGGAGAUGACUAAGAACAAUACAGGGGAAGAAUCAAAAUAAAAAUCUCAUUCCACUCUUCGUCGAAAGCGUUUACGAAGCUUAUCUUAUUGCAGUUACAUUCGCU